UAAAAAGCACAAUAGGAGCAAUUGACUGCACGCAUAUUGCUAUUGUUGCUCCACCAUCAAAUAAUGUUGACCGUCCUCUUAAUUUAUAUUUAAAUAGGAAAGGGUUCUACAGUAUAAAUGUCGAAGCAGUCUGUGAUCACCGUUUAUGUUUCACAUUUUUAAACGCCAAAUUCCCGGGGGCAACACAUGACUCUGGGAUUUGGGCAACUUCUAACCUACGGGAGCAUCUCAUUCGUCAGCACGCUGAUAUGUCUGUACAACACCCGAAAGAAUCUUGGCUUAUUGGCGAUCAAGGUUAUCCUCUAGAGUCAUGGCUUCUAACACCAGUUGGAGCACCUAAUACCUCUAAAGAGCAAAAGUAUAAUAGAUUACAUGGUUCUGCCAGAAACUGCAUUGAAAGAGCGUUUGGUGUUUUAAAAUCGCGCUUCAGAUGUUUGCUGAAGCACCGAGUUCUACAUUAUUCCCAUGAAACUUCCGCUCUGGUUGUAAGCACAUGCGUUAUAUUGCACAAUAUAAUGACGAAAGCGGGAAUUAUGCUGAACGAGGUAGAGGACGAGGUUGCAGAAGACUUUGAUUCUCCAAAUAAUGCUGUUGAUUCUUCACAGUAUAUACGCGAAGGUGAAAGAACAAGAUCGAGAUAUAUUUCAACCCUUUAGUUAUUAAAUUUAUCCAGAAGUAAAGCCAG